AUGCAAUUCAUCACCCACAUCGCUCUUCUCGUUCUCAUCGUCGGAGCUUCAACUCAAUGCUGGGGUGGAAACUGUGGGGGAGGAUGUUACGGAAACAACUGCGGACCAAAGGUUACUGUAGUUAGUGUUCCAAAUAACAACGGAUGCUCCUGCAACCCAUGCUUUGGAAAUGGAUGUGCUCCAAGAUGCAACUACUGUCCAGGAAGUUACGGAUACUCUUCCUGCUGCAACAAUAAUAAUUUCUCUUGCUGCGGAUUCCGAUUCCGUCGUGCUGUUGAGUCUGCUAAGGAAGCUUCUGAUGCUGUCGAGACUUCAGUUUGA